AUGGCAACGAACAGCAGUCAACAAAAGCUGGAUACGAGCGAAAUCAUCUCCGACAUCUUGUGUGAAUUUUUAGAAGUUGCAAUCCAUACAAUUUUAUAUAUGCGUGAUAUCUAUCCUGCUGUCAUUUUCGAUAAACGAAAAAAAUACAAUGUACCAGUUCAAAUGUCUUGCCAUCCUCAGGUCAACGAAUACAUUUUAUCUGUUUUGCACAGUAUUAAGCCAUUGUUGAAAUCGGAUUCUAUCCGCUGCCUUGCCUUAGUCAUUUUAGAUAAGUCCAAACGACCAAUAGAACGAUUUGUAUUUGAACUGCAACCUCAAAUGGCGUCCAAUUUGAAAGAUGAUGCUUUAUUGACACGUUUAGAAAGUGGAUUAAGAGCUUUCUUAUUAAAACUGAACGUCUGUGAUGCGGUCUUAAGCACUAACCCCGCUGAUUGUUCCUUUGCAAUUAUUGUUUACACCAAAGAAUCCGAUGCUCGAAAAUUAGAGCCUCGCCAAACGAGUGACCAAGAUUUUCCCUGGAUUGUUGCUGAUGAAAGUGAAGUCCAGAUUAAGGGUGGCUGCAUCCUACCUUUGAAAUCUUAUACCUCUGAUUACUUAAAGAUGCAGUUAUACGUCGAGGAAUGCACAAACAAGUUGGAACAGCAAUAA